GUUUGCGAUGGGAAUAGUAUUGAUGUAAACACGAGUUCGGGUUCAGUGAGGGGUCAGACACUCCAUGUCUUGAAUCGCAAAAUACAUCAAUUCUUGAAUAUACCCUACGCUGAGCCCCCUUUAGGCCUACUUAGGUUCGCACCUCCCCUACCACUCAACGCACCCAAACAGGAUAUAAUAGAUGGCACGAAAUUAGGUUAUAGUUGUAUUCAACGCAUUCAAGUUGGGGUUAAUACUAACGAAGAUUGUCUUGUAUUGAAUAUAUGGACAACAAAUGUGGACUAUAGCGAUGAUAGUCCGUCGCUAACGGUUCUCAAACCAGUGAUGGUUUAUAUAUAUGGUGGAGGAUUGAGUUUGGGCUCAAUAUUUAAUGAUCACUACAACGCGAGUGUUUUGGCCACCAAUGAUGUGGUUGUGGUGUCCGUUAAUUAUAGAGUCGGGCCGUUGGGCUUCCUAUACGGCGCCGAUCGGACAGCGCCCGGAAAUGCGGGCUUUUAUGACCAGUUAUUGGCACUCAAAUGGGUUAGGGAAAACAUUCACGCAUUUGGCGGAGAUAGGGAUCAGAUGACAAUCUUUGGCCAGAGCGCCGGCAGUUGGUCGGUGUCCGCACACAUACUCUCCCCGCUAUCCAAAGGCUUAUUCAAAAGGGCUAUUAUGCAAAGCGGUGCCCAUAUGUACAACAGAGACCGACCGGUGCUCAGCACUGUUGAGGCCCUGCAAAAAGCUAAACAAUUGGCCAAACGGUUGAAUUGCGAUCAAUACGACUAUAAAUGGUUAGACUGCAUAUGUUUUACAGACAUUGAACUAAUAGCCGGUGUGACCACAAAUGAGGGCACAACACUCGGGCACGGAUUAGUGCCGGAAAUGCGGGCACAACUCACGGAACCGUUGUUCCGGAAAGCGGUACACGAUUUGGGUAAUGAUUACCAUAAUAUAGAUGUGGACAAAGUGUGCGAUCAUUAUCUCAAAGAUGUUCACACAACUAAUUCAUCGCAACUGAAAACAGCGUUUCGGCUACUUUUGGGUGACUUAGGGAUCACUUGUCCCGCAUAUCAUUUUGCCAAGAAUUUGGCCGCAAAUGGACAUAGAGUUUAUUUUUAUCAGCUUAGUUUUCAAUGCAAACUAUUUGAUAGUUUAAGGGGCUGUAUGCCGGGGCACGUGUGUCACGGAGCGGACUUACAAUUGUGUUUUGGUCACCCCCUCAGACAACAGACACUUUUUUCUGAAACGGAAUACGAUUUCUCCAUUGAUGUGAUGAAAAUGUGGACUAAUUUUGCAAAGACUGGUUAA